UCAAGCGCCGAAAAUUAGGAAAACAUAAUCAUUAACUUUUGAAAGAGUUCGAAGUUUAAACAAACGAAUGGAGACAUCAUGUCUGACCUCAUUGUAAGCGUGUGUUUGUUUGAGUGUGUGUGCGUAUAAAUGGACCUCUGCCCCUCAGUGGAGGACAGUUGUCAACAUCUGGCCUGACAUCUUCUUCAACAUGAAGGUUUAUCUUCUCCUCCUGCUGCUCUUACCGCUCAUUUCAGCACAACCGUUCACCAUCGAGUGUCACGGCUUCGACGACUACAUGGUCAACCUGAAGCUGAAGUGUCAGAGCAGCGAUGUGCGACAAGCCUGCUACACCAGAGACAACGGCGAGAAGGGAUGCAUAGCCGUCGACCACUGCUCCCGACCCGGCUGGACCUGUUGCCAUAGCAACCUGUGCAACGAGUGAAGGCAGAGAUGCACUGAAUAAAAAUGGACGUCUUCAUUUCACCUGUCAUGUCUUUAAUGUCAUACUAGUGCAAUAGUUCAAGUUAUAAAAACAUAUUUAUUAUUUCCCUGUGUAAUCAGAGUCAUCAUCGACUAACUAGAGGCGAAUUAAGAUAUUGAUUUAA